GAUGGGAGAGAUAAAGAAGAAGAAAUUUGCUGAUCAGUUUCAAAGUAGCAGCUUCUUUGGUAAUGCCCAGGAAAUUUCGUGAGAGUUUAAUUACACAGUGACCAUCUUGAUCCACUUCCUUAAUAAAGCUCUCUCCUCGCAUGUCUCUCUGCACUCAAUAACUCCUGAUCCCUUCUGCCUUCAAAGAAGCUACCAAGAUUUCAAUCUCUUCCAUGGCCAUCCCAAAUGUCUCCUCCUCUUCUUCCCCUCAACGGAAUCAUGACGUGUUUCUGAGUUUCAGAGGGGAAGAUACCCGCAAUACCUUUACCGGUCAUUUAUAUAACGCUCUUGUUACAAAGGGGAUCAAAACCUUCAUAGAUAACGAGGAUCUUCGGAAGGGAGAAGAAAUCUCCCCAGUACUUUUGGAAGCCAUCGAACAAUCAAAAAUCUCCAUCAUCGUCUUCUCUAAGAAGUAUGCCACUUCCACGUGGUGCUUAGAUGAACUUGUCAAGAUUCUCGAGUGCCGGAAAUCAAUUGGCCAAAUGGUUCGACCCAUUUUCUACGAUGUGGAUCCUUCAGAUGUGCGGAAACAGAUUGGAGAAGUGAUGGAUAUGCAUGAAAAGAAAUUCAAAGAUGAUAUGCAGAGGGUGUUGAGGUGGAAGGAUGCUCUCAAAGAGGCAGCCAAUUUGUCCGGUUGGCAUUUGAACAAAGGAUUGUCCUGUUUGAAUGGCAGGCAUGAGUCCGAUUUUAUCCAGAGCAUUGUUGAAGAGAUAUCAAGUAGAAUAUUGAAGUGGACAUUUUUAGAUGUUGCGAAGUACCCAGUCGGAUUACAUUCUCACAUACAAGCCAUGAGUGAGUUGUUGAGUGUUGGGUAUGACGACGUUCGCAUGGUUGGAAUCCAUGGAAUUGGAGGAAUAGGUAAAACAACUAUUGCAAAAUCCGUUUACAACUUAUUUGCAGGUCAAUUUCAAAGUGGCAGCUUUCUUGCUAACGUCCGAGAAACUACAAAGCGGUGCGGUCUUGUUCAAUUACAAGAAACAUUUCUAUCUGAGACCUUGGGCAAUACCAACUUAAAGGUUGGAAAUGAGGAUAGAGGAAUUAAUGUAAUAAAGGAGAGGCUCUGCCAUAAGAAGGUUCUUUUAGUUCUUGAUGAUGUCAAUAAGUUGGAACAACUUGAGAAAUUAGCAGGAGAUAAGAAUUGGUUUGGUCCAGGAAGUAGAAUCAUUAUUACAACUAGAGAUCAACAUGUUCUAGAUACCCAUGGGGUAGAAAGAAAAUACGAGGUCCAAGGAUUAAGUCAUGCUGAUGCUCUUCAACUUCUUAGUUGGAAUGCAUUCAAGAAAUCUUAUCCUGAAAAAGGGUAUGAGAAGCUCAUGGAUCGUGUGGUUCAGUACGCCAACGGCCUUCCCUUGGUUCUAAUGGUGCUGGGAUCUCUCCUACAUCGUAGAAGCGAAGCUGAAUGGGAAAGCACAAUAUGUAAAUUGCAAAGAAGUCUUCAUAAAGAGAUCUAUGAAAUACUUAAAAUAAGCUUUGAUGCACUGGAGGACAAUGAGAAGGCUAUUUUCCUUGAUAUUGCAUGUUUCUUUAAGGGAGAAAACAAAGAUUAUGUAACUGAAGUUUUGGAAGCAAGCGAUUUUGAUCCAGUUAUUGGAAUACAAGUUCUCAUUGAAAGAUCUUUGGUGCAUGUUGGAUACGAAAAUGAAUUGCAUAUGCAUGACUUGAUACAAUUGAUGGGUAGGAAUAUUGUUGAUAAAGAAUCUCCCAACGAGCCAGGAAAGCGUAGCCGAUUAUGGUCUCGUGAGGAUAUUCUCCAUGUUCUUAUUGAAAACACGGGAACUAAUGCAAUUCAAGGCAUAAAGCUCGAUUUGUUCGGACAAAAAGAUAUUUUGCUGAAUCCUGAAGCCUUUACAAAAAUGAGAAGGCUUAGACUGCUUAUAAUCCGUAAUGCACGCUUUUCAGAGGGUCCUAAAAGUUUGUCUAAUGAGCUAAUAUUGCUUGAUUGGCCUGGAUACCCGUCACCAUCCCUGCCGUCCAAUUUUCAUCCUCAGAAACUUGUUACUCUCAACAUGUGUCAAAGUAAAAUCAAGCAAUUGGAAGGAAUAAAGGUUUGUGAAAAUUUGAGGGAAAUAAGUUUUUCUAACUGUGAAUACUUGACUUGCACCCCUGAUGUCUCAGCGAUGGCAAAUCUUGAGAGAUUGGAUUUUAGUGGUUGUGGCAAUUUAGUUGAGGUUCAUCAAUCUGUUGGAUUUCUAAACAAACUGCGUCAUUUGGAUGUGUGGUAUUGCUCUAAACUUCGACGUCUUCCUAACCUGAAGUUGCCACUUCUUGAAUCCCUAACACUUCAUCAGGGCACAAGUAUUGAGAAAUUUCCAAAUAUUGUGGGAGAAAUUCCUCGUUUAAGGGAUAUUAGUUUGAUAGACAGUCCCAACAUUCAAGAAUUCCCUACGUCAGUUGAACAUCUCAUUGGGCUUAAAUUUAUAAUUAUACUGUCAUGCAAGAAGCUUAGAGAUCUCCCUAGAAGCAUUUCUAAGUUGCCACGUCUCCAGUAUCUUAUUCUUCGGGAUUGCACAAACCUUGGAAGGUUUCCAAAAUCGUCGUCGUCGUCGUCGUCAUCAACAAGUUCGGGCUGGCUGGUUUCGUUAAAGAGGAACAACACUCAAGAUAUGAGGCUCUGUGUUGGGUUCCCAGCUUUGAUACACUUGGAGAUCACUAACUGUGAUCUAGCAGAAGUUGAUUUCCUCGAGAGUCUUCAUUGCUUUUCCACGCUACACCAUUUGGAUCUAUCAGGAAACAAUUUCGUUAGCAUCCCUGCAUGUAUCACUAGAUUUACCAAUUUGCAAUCCCUUAGAUUGAUGGAUUGCGAGGGGCUUCGACAAAAGAAUGCAAGUAGUGGUGGAAAAUCCUUCAUCGAUAAUAUAACAAUGAUGAUGCCUAUGGUAUAUAGAUUCUGUAGAAAAAUGAGAAUUAGAAUAAAAGUUAGAGGAGGGGAGUUACCAGAAUGGUUUCGGCAUCAAACUAGGAAGAAUGAGAUGUGUUUCCGAAUGCCUCCACCUAAAAAAGCCAAGUUAGCAGGUUUGGUUGUCGGUAUUGUUUUUAAAUUGGAUGCUUUGUCGCCCUGUUCUGACCGUAUCAAGGUAUAUAUCAAUGGUCGAUGGGCUAAUAGUCUAGACCCCAGAUUUGACCAAUUAGAUGGUGUUGUCUGGCUGUUUUGUCAUCCACUUGGUGACUUGGAGGGGCGACGUGAGACCAAUUUAGGGGAUUGCUUUCGAGUUUCACUGGAAUUUCUAGUCGAAGGCAGAAUACUGGACGGGGAUAGAUUUAAUAAAAAAUUGGGAGUCUAUUUUGUAUUCGACAACACGAAUGAUGAUGGUGCUGAUGAUGAUGAUGAUGAAAGGGUGAUCGUUACCUACCAAAGAAAAAGAAGAAGAAAACGGUGGAUUUUAUGAUUUAGGGACUUUUCAAAAACAUUCAUUGAGCUUUUUUAUUUUUUAAGUAUUAGUGUUGGAAUCUUGUUAUCUGUUUUCUUUACAAUUCACUUAGGUUGCUUUUUUUUCUUUUUAUUUUAGAAGAGGCAGAGCACAUGUUCAAGAGUGUCUGCUCCCCAAAUUUAUUGAAAUAUCCCUCACUUAUAGUAAAGGAAAAUUGUGACUA